GUUCAGUAAAUGUCAAGAAAUCGAAUACAAGCACAUUUCCGUAACAUUUCCUCCGCCUUCUGGCGAUAUGUUUCAUUCUCCGCCAACGACGGUCUGUUUACCUUGUCGACAGCAGUCUCUCCUAACUGUAACGAAGUCUAGUGUGUGUGCUGGCAAACAUCAUCACAAAGUUGACAAGGCCAUGUACACCUGUUAUACCAUCAUCUCCAGCCACCCCGAAGCCAUCCUCAGACAUCCCUCGGACUGCGGAACGUCCGCGUGACGGUGCCGACGGCGAUCCGGAGGGGGGACACGGCGCACCUGUACUGCAACUACGAGAUGGAGGACAAGGAGAGCCUGUACUCGAUCAAGUGGUACAAGGGCCGGCGGGAGUUCUACCGGUACGUGCCCCGCGAGACGCCCUCGAUGAAGGUGUUCAGCGGCGUCAGUGGCAUCGAGGUGGAGCCCACCCUCUCCAACGCCAGCCUGGUGGUCAUCAAGGCCGCCAACGUCACCGGCAAGUACAGCUGCGAGGUCUCAGCGGACGCACCCUCCUUCCACACAAUGAUCGUGUCCGGCGACAUGGAGGUGAUAGAACCACCGCUGGACAAACCGUCCAUAAUUGGAGUGCAAACGAGGUACCGUCCGGGGGACAUCCUGCGUGGCAACUGUUCUUCCCUUCACUCAAAACCAGCCGCCAACCUGUCCUGGUCGAUCAACGAUGUGCCGGUGCUGCAACAGCAAACCAGACAAUACAGAUCUAUCAAGGAUGAAAGUACGGGACUGGAGACUUCGGUUCUGGGAAUCAACGUGAUGGUUUCACACAGUCACUUCAACAAAGGAAAGCUGAAGCUCAAGUGUGAGGCGUCGAUCCACCAGAUCUACCACGAAAGCACCGAGCGGCUGCUGGAGGAGGACCGACCGCGAAUACUGGCCACCGGGACGUCCAGCGGGCAGCACAACAUGAACCUGUUCCAGAGCAGCGUGUACGACGGCGAGCUGACCGACCAGGGCGAUCGGUACCUCACGAUGAACGGGUAUAAAGCAGAUAAGGCCUCCCCGCCGUCGUCCUCAUCCGCCGGCAUGGUCGUCGGCUCGUACGUCAAAGUCUGCUGGAUCACCUUCUACGUGUGCACGAUCUGCACCGUCCUGCUGUACUCGCUGCGCGUCGGAAUCUCCUGAUUGUACAACCUGAAGGAAAUCAUCAAAAUAUAAAGCUCUCCCACGCUUCUGUCCCUCUCUCUCUCUCGGUCCCCGGAGGAAAUGUUUAACCUUUUUCUUUCGGUAGCUUGUUCUUUUCGGCUGUUGUUGAGCAGAGUUGAAGGAAGGAAAAAAACACUGUGAAAUUAAAUAGAGCAAAACAAACACAAAUAAAAACUAGUCGACACUUUUAGAGAGAGUAACUUUGGGAAAAGGGGAAAAAGGGUGAAGCAAACAAACAAAUCCCAAAGCAGAAGCAGGAAACCAAGAAAACUAAACCGAUUUUCUGCCCAAUUGUAUAAAACAACAAACCAAGGAAGCGACAAAUUUUCCCCCGGCAAAGGAAAAACAAAACAAACACUUUUAGUGGAAAAGUGGGAGCUAAUUGGAAACGGAUUCGACUGCCAGUAACAGAGCGAGAAUAAUAAAAAAAAACAAAACAUCGGAAAAAUUGCAGCAAAUCAACGGCUACGGGACGAACGAAAGAGUGCUGUUUGGUUUGGACUUCAGGAUGCUGGAAGCUGUAAUUACCAGCGCUGAUUGCUGCACCGGGGAGUCCCCUUAAGUGGGUGAGGAUGAGGAGGCAGAGCAGCAUCGAUGACGGCGUGAUAACCUCUUAGAAAGUAGUAGUAGAAUGCACAGGGCGAACGGAAUUUCACUGCAGAGUGAGCCAGAGCGGUUGAGAUUGAAAGUAAACAUUGGAGCUAGGUUUAAGCGGUAGUAAUUAGUGGAAUUGUAGAGAGGCGAGUGAGGGAGCUGGGAACGUUGCAUGAAGUUUGAAGUGUUUUAUGAAGGAGGGGCAAAACAAUAUUUAAAACUGAAAAAAAUGUAAUGUUAAUUUUCUUGAAAAAGAUAAUUUAAAUAAAAACUGUCACUCUGGUUUAAGAUUGAAAAUUGUAAUAUAAAAGAAAUGUGUAAAUCAAUCAAUUUAAGAAAUGAUAUUCACGAACACUCUAUGCAUUAUUUUUAAACAGGGUUUAACAAUUUUGUUAUUCAACCACAUUUUAUAUACAGAUUAAACAAUAACUGGCAUUCAAAACAAUAAAAAAUGAUUUAAUAUACUUUUGACAAAAACAGGAAAAAUGCUCAAAACUUCACUAUCGAUAAUCGUUCAAGGUUCAUUUGAAAAAAAAAAUAUGUUUAAAAUCAAGGUCGAAUAACUAACAAAUCUUGAAAAAUGAGUUAAAACAACUGAUAUUUGGCAUAAACUUAGGAACAACAUUAACCAGUUUUAUGUAAUGGUUCGAUAAGCAAUACUUGUUUGAAAAAAAAAACAACUGAUAAACAGAAAGUACAUAAAAUGCUUAUCAAGGGAGGAAAGUGUCAUUGCCAUUCCUAAAUAUUGAAUCAAAAGUGCCCGACAAGUUAAAGGAAUACUCAGCAAACCAUUUUUCUCAAUAUUUAAUUAAUUUUUUUAAUCAAUUUUGAGAUAGAUGCGAGAAGAUCUACGUUCGGUUUAUUACUUUAAGCUUCAAUAAUAAAUAUAGUAACCAUUUUGCUCCAAGCCCAACUUUCAAAAUUUUAAAGUUUAAUGAAUUAAUGAAAUUACAUGUUUCCUAAAGUUCUGUGAUCCCAGAACUCAAAACAUUUAAAAAGUCCCUAUUUGUUAAAAAAAAAUAGUCGUUAUAAACCGUACUUUGAAAAGUAGUCAAUUAUUGCAUAUUUUUUGCUCCCUGAUUUUUUGGUAAUUUAUUUAAGGACAAAAAAUAGAUUUUUUAAGGAGGACAAAACCUGAAACAAAAUUUACAUUCGCCUUAUCUGAGCAAUUGAUCACAUUUCCUUACUUAUAAAUUAAGGAAUCCAGAGUUGUACAUAAUUGCCAAAAAAACAAAUAUGGUCGAAGAAAAUUGAAUUUAGAAGCUAAAUCAAAUUUCCAAUAAAAAAUACCCGAUGCAAUUUUGGUAUAAUUUAACCAAUUUCAUAACAUUUUUUUCAUAAUCGUUUUGUUUUGCAAUUUUGAAAUAUGAUUUGGUCAAGAUAAAGCAACCCCCGCAAAAUAAUUGUUUAAAAAAAUGAGAAAGCUUCCUACUAUUUGCUUUUUUAAACUUUGUUGAUUGGACAGCUGGUUGCUCAGACACAGCCUCUUAAAUCUGGCUCGAUUUCUAAUGUUAAAAAUUAAUCGGUUGUGAAAUCUUCUGCUCCUUGAAUUAAAAAUAACUUCAUAUUUUAACAAUUAGUCCUAACUAUGUAAAAG